AAUAAAAGGAUAACUCUGAUCGGUUAAAAAAAAAAAAAAAAUCUUUGGAUUGAUUGACUUCACAAAGAAAAUCAUUUGUUUAUUAAAUGGAGUUACCUCCCUUUGAAUGCUGGACAUAAGAAAGUCUUAAUAAAGUCAAGACCAACAAAUUAAUUAAAUAUUUGUUGGAUAAAGAUGGAAAAUGGAGCCAUGGCUUUCCCAUCCACAGAUAAAAUAAGUGAUCAGCAAAGAAUUGAGAAUGCAAAACAAUAUAAAAAUGAAGGGAAUAAAAUGCACAAAGGAGGAAAUUGGAGACAAGCUAUCGGAAAAUACCACAGAGCAUUACUUCAAGUGAAGGGAAUUGGGCAAUCUAAAAGUGAUAUUUUGUCCCAUCUAAGUGGAGAGCCUAAUGAAGGCAAUGACAUCCCUGAAGAAAUGAAAUUACAAAUUCGUAAAAUUCAGUUAGAUUGUUAUAACAAUUUAGCAGCCAGCCUCAUGAAACAAGAAUCAUCAAAUUAUGAUAAGAUAAAUGAAUAUUGUGAUAAAGUUCUUGAGAUUGAACCAUUUAAUGAGAAAGCUUUAUAUAGAAAGGCAACAGCCUUAAACACACUUCGACGAUUUGAUGAAACAGUAAAUUUGAUUGAAACAUUUGCUAAAGAUAUUCCUGCGUUAAGGAAGCCAUUUGCCUCGGCACGGGAAGGCCAGAAAUCACAGGAGAAUGUCUUAAAGAAAAAUUUACAGGGGAUGUACGAUUCAAAGAAAUAAGAACAAUAAUGUUCUUUUGUUAGCAAUAAGAACAAUGUGAUCUUGUUAGAAAAAAGAACAAUAAUGUGAUCUUGUUAGAAAUAAGAACAAUGUGAUCUUGAUAGAAAUAAGAACAAUAAUGUGAUCUUGUUAGAAAUAUGAACAAUAAUAACCCAGUAUUAACUCCGAUGUUCUCUAUGUGUAUUCAGCGUAACUCGACAAAGUAGGCCCCUACUGCUUCAUGGCACGACCAAUCAAAGGUCUUUAUUUUCUUCAUACCUACACCCAAUCAGAUUAAACUAAUCAAUCAGUGUUGAUGUUUCUAGUGGUUUACCCACAGUUCCGUGCAUGGCACUCCAAGAAGUGGCCAUAACAGAUGGUUUCAUUGGCUAAUCCCUCACAUUAUCUAGAAUGCCUGUUAUAUAACAACUCUUCCAGAUCCUAGUGUAGUGAAGACAAGUAAAACAAAAUUUUAAACUAUAAAAAACGUAAUGAAAUAGGAUCUGUGUUUUAAUCAGAUUGAACAACACCUAUUAUUAUUUUUACGUUUUCUUCAGGAACUUUAUUUCUUGGAAAUGACGCACAAAUACUAAAAUUGAAUCAUCAAUAUUUCUCGUACCAUCUAACAGAUAUCACAUUCCAAUUUAAAUUCUCAUCUAUUGCUCAACUUCUGUAUUCAUUUUAUUUUUAACAUAUCUCAAACAAUUUGAUAGAAACAACAUUGUUUACAUGUGGUCCUCCUUCACUGAUUAAACAUACAUUAUGGGAGAUAAGAUAAAGAGCUGGCAAUUCUCACUAUAAUAGUUAAAAACUAAAUAAUGUAAAGGCAAUUUGCUGAAUAUUUCAGUCAAAUUGAUCCACUAUGAACAGAGAAUUAAGCGAUUGAAAUUUCGACCUAGCCUCGAUCAUCAUUACUAAAGUCUGUAUGAUAUAAAACAUAGUCUCGAUCAUCCAUUUCAUGAUUAAAUUAUGAAUAGAAGUCGAGCAGCAAAUGGGAUCAUAAUCCAGUAAAUAUCGCAGGCUAGCGAUGCCAUCGAGACUUGAUUAUGGUCUGGACAAGUUAAUUAAUGUUUAAUUAAUAAUCUAAACCAAAUUUCAGACCUAAAGAAAGACCUGCAAUUGGCAGAUUUAGCUCUUGAAUAAUGUAUGUUUAAUAGAACCCACAUGAAGGGGAUGUUUUCACAUACACUGUUUACUUAUAAUCUGAUGAUUUGUAUUCAUAAAAAUUUAUACCAUUAUAUGAUAUAAGUCAUCACUAUUGUAAACUAAUGUUUAGUGUCUACAGAAAGUGGUUAGAACAUUUUACAGUAGACGUCACUAUCAUAAACUAAUGCUCAGUUUCUACAGUAGUCAUCACUAUAGUGUACAAAUGUUUAGUAUGUAUAGAAAAUUAUACAGUAGUCAUUAAUUAGUAGGUAUGUAACUAGGUGUAAAAGAUUCAACUACUGGUGUAAAAGCAUAACUAGUUCUAAUACUCAUCACUAUUGAAUACACAAACCUGACCAAUAGUGAUGUAUAUCAUUCAAAAGUCACACUCACCUGAUUACUGACUAUUUUAAUGAAUACAUAUUAAAUGAUGAGUUAGAUCUGUUCCAGUUGACAUUUUCCUUAGUACAAGUCAUUUGUUCACAAGUAAACAUUAUCAAUUUUACAAUGAUAUCUUUUUGUUGCAGAAAUUUUCAGUGAACAUUAUUACCUUUACAGUGAUGGUCUGUGGUAAAGUCUGUUAUUAAAACUGGGAAAAAUGGCAUGUUAUGUCUCGCCAUCAUAGAGAGAGAGAAAUGGGGUUUAACAUCCACUCGACACAAACUAGGUCAUUUCGGGACUAACAUAUGGUUCAAUCCUAUUUCAAUAAUUCGCUUGCGCGUAGGGAUCUUUAGCAGUGGGAGGAAACCGGAGGACCAAUAGAUAACCCACAGGGUUGGACAGGUGACCCUAUUCAUCAUGUACAAGCGGGGAAUCGAAACCAUGUCACUUGACUCUAUGACAAAUGUUAUGAUACAACACACUUGUGUCAACAUUCUCCUCCCAACCGCCCUCCCACUCACCAUCACAGAGAAAAUUGAUAACAAUAUGAAUUAUUUAUUAACAAUUAAGAAUUCAUUUUACAAUAAAACAAUUUUGUACAUAUAUAAAUCAAAGUAUAAAGCAAAUAACAAGUCUCAACUACAUUCCUCAUAUUUCAUAAAAACUACAUUUUGUAAAAAAAACCCAAUUAAAAUGGUUUCAAAU